AUGGAUGUCGCCGAGGCACUACGUGAGCGAUGCACCUGUCGUGCCUUCUUGCCGCGCGCGGUCUCCGUGGAGCUCUUGGAGCGACUGCUGGAGACGGCCAAUCGGGCACCCUCCGGGGGGAACACGCAGCCGUGGCACCUUUAUGUUCUCACUGGGAAGCAUCUCCAAGCUCUAACGGAAGCGGUGAUAAAGCACUUCGGCUCCGGGACCAUGAGCCCGUUGGAGUACAAGGUGUAUCCGAGCAAAGGAGAUCUUCCGGACGACCUUCACAAGGCCUACAUGAGCCGCCGCAUCAAGGUGGCGCAGGACAUGUGGGAUCUCAUGGGAGUGCAGCGUGAAGACCAGGCGGCCCGCGCCAAGGCGUUGGUGGAGAACUUCCGCUUUUGGGGAGCGCCAGUGGGCAUGGUCGUGACGGUGGAUCGUGGGGGUGAUAAGAAUGCUUGGGGCCACACGGGCAUGUUCCUGCAAAGCUUGGCCCUGCUGGCAGUGCAAUAUGGCCUCGCGACUGCUAUGCUCGAAGCCUGGGGCAACUUGGGCAGCUGCGUCUACGAUACACUGAACAUUGCGAUGGAUAGGGAAGUGGUGUGGUGCGGAGUGGCGUUGGGAUACGCUGAUCCAGGCUCCAAGCUCAGCACUAUGCCCACAGAGCGACGGCCUCUUGGAGAGCUCUGCCGUUUCCAGGGCUUUGAAAAGUCCAAGUUGUGA